CUUGUGUUGCACACAGUGUGCAGCGGUGCUGAGGGAUAGACAGCAAACCCAGACGAACAGAGCUGAACUUGUCAGACUUUUCCAGAAAAUGACGUCCAUUUGUCCAAGAUGCGAUAAGACUGUGUUUUUCGCUGAGAAAGUGAGCUCUCUGGGGAAAAAUUGGCACCGCUUCUGUCUGAAAUGUGAACGAUGUAGUAAGACUCUGUCUCCAGGAGGACAUGCGGAGCAUGAUGGAUUGCCUUAUUGCCAUAAACCCUGCUACGGAACCCUCUUUGGACCAAAAGGUGUAAAUAUUGGAGGGGCGGGGUCUUAUAUAUAUGACACGCCUCCUCAGACACCAGUCAACAAAACAUCCAACAGCCCUUCAGAAGGAUCACCAACCACACCUUGGACCACCUCACACAUCAACUUCAAUCAACCUAAAGCUGCCACUGCUCCGGCACGCAUGUUUGCUGGAGAGACAUAUCUGUGUCCUGGCUGUGGAAAAGCAGUUUAUUUCGCUGAGAAGGUGAUGUCAUUGGGUCGCAACUGGCACCGGCCUUGCCUUCGCUGUGUGAGGUGCAAGAAAACACUGACCCCUGGUGGCCAUGCAGAGCAUGAAGGCAGCCCGUACUGCCACGUACCCUGCUAUGGGUACCUUUUUGGACCAAAAGGCGUGAACAUUGGAAGGGUGGGCUGUUACAUUUACGAGAAUGAAAAUGCAGAGAAUGAAAGGCCAAGUGAACAUUAAGUCAUAAAGAAAAACUUUUUU